UGGUCGUUCGCACGUCUACAAGCUUAUUUGUGUGACAAGGAGAUAUCGUGUUUGAGAAGCUGCAUUUUCCUCUCCAAACCACUGCAAAAUGGUUGAACCUCUACAUGUUUGCAUCACUGGUGCUGCAGGGCAGAUAGCUUACUCCUUGCUUUAUUCUGUUGCCAAGGGAGAUGUCUUUGGACAGAGCAAGCCAAUUGCCCUAUACCUKCUGGAUAUACCACCAAUGAUGAAUGCUCUUAAUGGUGUUGUCAUGGAACUUGAUGACUGUGCUCUUCCUCUUUUGCAAAAGGUUGUUGCUACUUCUGAUCCAAGACAAGCAUUUGAUAACAUUGAUGUUGCUAUUCUGGUUGGUGCAAUGCCAAGAAAAGAGGGCAUGGAGAGGAAAGAUUUGUUGAAAGCAAAUGCGAAAAUCUUUGUUGAACAAGGAAAGGUUCUUGAUCAAGUUGCAAAGAAAACUGUCAAGGUUCUUGUAGUAGGUAACCCAGCCAAUACCAACUGCUACAUCACACACAAAAUGGCAGCUAGUAUCCCAGCAAAGAACUUCUCWUGUUUAACGAGACUGGAUCAGAAUAGGGCAACCUCACAGAUUGCUGCACGUCUUGGUAAGAGAGUUGAUGAUGUUUCAAACAUUAUUAUCUGGGGCAACCACUCUUCCACCCAGUACCCUGAUGUUAACCACGGGACAGUAGCUGUGGAUGGUGGUUCUGUUCCUAUCCGGGAUGCCCUCAAGGAUGAUGAUUAUUUGAAUGGUGAUUUCAUCAAAACUGUUCAGAAACGUGGUGCAGCCAUUAUCAGUGCUCGUAAGCUGUCUAGUGCCAUGUCAGCAGCAAAAGCGAUCUGUGAUCACAUGAGGGACUGGUAUUUUGGAACAAGCGAGAACAAUUGGGUCUCAAUGGGUGUGGUCUCUGAUGGGUCAUAUGGUAUCCCCGAAGGCAUAGUAUACUCAUUCCCUGUCAAGAUCGACAGCAAUGGUGAAUGGUCAAUCGUUCAGGGACUGUCCGUUUCGGAUUUCUCUCGAGAAAAGAUGGAUGCAACGGCUAAAGAGCUUCUCCAGGAAAAGGAUGCAGUUUCCGAUUGCCUGGCGUGACUGGAUGGACAUAAACUGUAACAAAGCAAUAGGAGAUCUUUGGAAUGAAAUUGACCGUCGUGAAGCUUUGUGGUGAUAUAAACGUUUCAAAAUGGCUAUAAUAUAAUAGGUUCUUUGAAAAAAAUGUAAAUUAAGAAGACAAAAAAAACUCUCUUAGAAUAGUUUGAUACUUUUAAAAACAUGUAAACAAUCGGGAUAGUCUCUAAGGAUAGGGAAAUCUGUUUAUCUAAAGUCCAAUUAAACAAAAAACAUCCGAACAAAAACAUCCAAA